GUCAGAUUGAUAGAAUCACAUCCAGCGCCACAUCCACGUUCGCAUCCAUGGCCACCUGGCGGAGGUUCGUUGGGCUAGCGCUGAUUUUGGAUGUUGCAUGGGCAGAUGAGACGAUGUCCAGCUUGGGCAUUGGCGCGGACUCGCGCCUGGCGCAGCUCUUCGCGGCCGCGGAGAGCGACGGUGACGGGGUGCUGACGGCCGAGGAGCUGAGUGGCUUUGAAACGAGUGCCCAAGAGGAGCUAAAGAACUUUUGGCUCAUGGCGCCCUUUGAAGCAGCGCUUUACCCGGAAGAGAACUGCCAGGGGCAGCCUCUCAACAUUGAUGCCUCCAGCUCAGAAGACCGGUGCCAGGAGUGCUUCGAUGUUUGUGGCAAGAGCUUCCCUGACGGCACUCCGAUGGCCACGGCGAACGCCUCCCGAGCCUCUGGCUUCGUCUCGCAGGUCCGAUCCUUGAAGGUGACGAAGGGCGCCGUGCACGUCUCAUCCACCUUCUGCUUUGGCAGCUACAACUUCGGCCUGAACUUCACAGGUGGCCGGGUCUUUGGGGAGCAGGACAAUUGCGUGAGCUUCCAGGAGCCAGCUCAUGUGGGUGCUGUGCCUCCCUCGAUCCUGGAGACGGUUUCCCUCUACUUCCUGAAGGAGGACGCGGCCGACUUCGACCAGGUGCUUGAGCUUCACGAGGCGCCGGAUCUUCAGCGCUCGGGUCUCUUUGAGGCGGCUGACCUGAACAGAGACCAGCUCCUCUCCGUGAGCGAGUAUGCGAGCGCGCUGCAAGCGGACCUCGCCCAGAAAGCCGCCACGGAGGCUUUCAUGGGCUCCGCCGCGAUGGAGGCUGCUGCGGAGGCGGCCCAGGGCCCUGCGUGGUCGGACAACCACACGAUGGAGCAGGUGCUGGCAGCGGAGGAGUUUGGAGAGAGCUACGAGGAGGCGAAGCGGAACCCGGAAGUAGGGACCAUCACCGAGCCGCCUCCGCUGGUGGUGAACGGCCACGUCGUCGUUCAGGGAGGAGGCUCCACUGCUCCAGUGGAGUUUGGCAGAGUGGACGAUGAGAGCCGAGUGGACGGAAAGUUCAGCUACUACGACCCGCAGAAUGGAGGCGAAGUCAUGAUGUGCACCGAGGGGAAGCUGUAUCAUGCGGGCUUUUGCUACACUCCCUGCCGAGUGGGCUAUGACAACGAGGUCUUCAAUGUUUGCUUCAAGACGACUUGCCCGAGUGGCUAUCAAGAGAUUGCUGGAGGGAUCUGCAAGGAAAAAGGCGAUCUGAAAAGAUCUGGGGAAAGGAGUCCUACAACCGUGGACAAGGCGUACCGCCCGACAAGUGCACUUUGGGCAACUCGUUUGGACCCGGUGUCCAGGAGGACAACAACAACCGAGACUUCACUCUGCUGAUUGCAUCCGACACCCAGCUGCCCUGGUGCAGUGGAGCCAUCAAGAGCGAUUGGCCCUGCGCCAUCGAAGAGAACUAUCGCAUGGUGCAGGCGAUGCACCUGGUCGAGACUUUGCGCUGGGAGCAGGGCGACACGGACAUGGUGCAGAAACCCAUAGGCGUGGCAAUCACUGGAGACCUUACAGCGUACGCGCACGAGAGUCAAAUCCAAGCGUACCGCAAGUGGCUGGGAGGGCCAAUUGGGGGAGUGUGGUUUUGGCUUUAUGAGUCACAGAUCAUGGGUUCGGACUUUUCUUGUAAAGUUGGAGUGAGUCGCUGUUCUCUUUGUUCAAUCCAAAUUUGAUCAUGACAUGUUUUGAGCAAGGAUUGCUGCAGGUCUUCGUGAAUCUGACUGUGACUGGGGUCCCUGGAAAGAGAAAACAACAACACCUAGAGGCAAAUCCCUGAGUCUAUCUCCCUGGCCUCUUUUCAGGCAAUCACUUAGAUGUGCUGGGAGUGAGGAUUUGGGAGACGCGAGAGGAUGAGGAUGCCAGCAAGACGCUGGGCCUGAUAGCGACAGUUGCAUGGAGGGGUGGAGUGAUUUCGUCAGCUCUUCCAGAGUCACCAAUUUGGAGACGGACUCAUGUGCGCCCACAAUGUUAAAGACUUAGUCACUUAGUUAAGGAGUCAAGGAGAGUGAGAGGGGGAGAGAGUCCCUGCUCUUGAGAAUUCCGCUUUCUGGAUGCAUAAAACCCGGAACGCUCCCAGAGGUUCCAGGGCGUGACCUCUCCCUGGGUUUGCCAGCGAAAUGGGAGGUCGUUGCCAGGCAACCCAUUUUCAUCCAUUUUUUGGUGCUGACACGGCCAUGAAUUAGCGCAACCCAGAUUCUGUGGGUGGUUUCCAUCCGAGAGCUGAGUUUGCAGGCAUCCUCGGAUCAUCACCGCAGUGCACUGAAGGCUACCCAUGGAGCUUCCAAUUCAGUACCGCCCUCUUCCCUUUGCAUAUUCAUGUCAA